CCUCCCUCUCUCUCCCCUACCCUCCUCUCUCUCUCCCAUUCGCAAGCGCGCUCUCUCUCUCUCCGUGUUGUCAGCUCGCCGCGUCGGCCGCUGCCACUCUUCCCACUCUUCCCACUCUCUCCUCUCUGCCCUGUUUCUCGCCCGCCCUGGGCUCUGCGGUCUUUGGCGAAGGCGACAACACACGAAGGGGGGUGUGGGGGGAGGACGUCGACCACGUUCCGCGGAGUCCGGGUCCGCGGAGUUCCGACUCCGCGAAAUCCAGUCCGCGGGUUCCGUGCCGCUUGCUUGGAAGGCGGCGCAGCAGAGGAGAGACACGGAGGGGGAGAGGCAGGGAGGAGAAGGGAGCGAGAGCUGCGACUCCACCAUCGACUGGGGCGCUCCGGCUCCGAGUCUCAGCGCGUCGAGGCGGACGCGGGGAGCGGGAGGGUCGGAGGAGGAGGAGACGCGGAGGAGACGUGGCGAGAGGCGCGUUGAGAUUCGCAGCGAGCGAGGCUCCGCAGGGAGAGAGCGAGGAGGAGGAGAAGGAACACGGAGGCGAUGUGAUCCAUAGCGCGCACGGCCAGGAACCAGCGGAGCUCCGCGCGCGCGCCGACAAUCUUGGGGGACGCGCGGAACCAGCGUCAAUUCUCAGCGGACGUGGAACUAGCAACCGAAGAACUAGUGUCCGACUAGCGAUUAUUUAACGAUGAAUACUCGAUUAUCAACAUUAAUGCUAUUUCCGUCCGCGUUCGUUGUCUGAAUCGUCGUGAUUGAGGGCGCGCUACCGAUCACCGCUGCUGCUGCUGCGCCCGUUGUUAUUGAACGCGGGGCGGAAGCUUUCAGGGCACCACGGCCCCUGCACGAGAGGCCACGGCAUUGCUGAUGCACAGUAUGCGGUGGGGAAGGUGGGAGAGCGGCGAGCGAUGAUGACGCUGCCGCCGGACUCGAGCAGCAGCAGCAGCCUCGGGCUGCCACCUCAACCUCGUCUCAACCAACAUCACCACCACCACCGCCACCACCGUAGUCAUCACCACCACCAUCACCACCGUCACCGUGCUCAUCCGUCUCCCCAGCCGCCGCCGCCGUUGUUGCUGCUCAUCCUCCUGCUCGCGCCGCCGCCCUCCUGCGCGCUGACCGUGAGUCCCGGGAGGGACGCGGCCCUCAUCGAGGUGAUCCUCUACGAGCCGAGACCCAGCAGCGGGAACUACCUCACGCGGCCCACCGACCUGCAGGGCUCGUACAGCCGCUCGGGGGCCCUGAGCGGGGCCGAGGGGAAGAUCCUGCAGGUGCACCCGCUGUCGCUGUGCGUGAGCACCGAGGACGAGGAGCUGCUGGACUAUGGCUGGGUUGGCGUGGUCAAGCUGGACAGCCCUGAGCUCAACAUCCACCCCUGCCUGGACGUCCUCGGCAAGACAAACCUCGCCGAGCGACGCAACAAAGACCAGAGCGCUCGGAGAAAAGGCUCGAAAAGAGAUGACUUCGCCAACAGCAAGAACAAUCUCUACGAAUUUGCGAAGCUCGCGAUCCAGCGGGGUGCCACGGCCGUCAUCUUCGACGUCUCGGAAAACCCGUCGGCCAUCGAGCAGCUGAACGGGGCGGUGACCGACACGCUGUCGCGGCCCGUCAUCUACGUGCGUGGCGCCGACGCCGUCAAGCUCAUGACCAUCGUCAACGACGAGAAGGUGGCGCGCGCGCGCAUCCAACCCAAGGUCGGAAACGAGCCGCGUCUGGGCCGCGAGGACGUGGACCUGGGCAUCCUUAUCGCGGUGCUGGCGUUCAUCUGCGCGCUGUGCAUCGCGCUGCUGCUGCGAGUGCGUUUCACGCAGCGCCGAGCCCAGAGCAUCGUGUCACGACGGGGCGCCAGCGUCAUCAGCCGCCUCCAGACCCGGCACUAUGUCAAGUCGGUGGGGGGGGGUGGUGGAUCGGGCGGGGGCCCCGGCGGGGGCCCCGGCGGCGGGCGAGGGGGCGCCCGAGGGGCGACCGGAGGAGCCCCCCUCGACCCCGGCGACCUCUCGGAGGGGGCGAGCAGCACGUCGGACCCGGUGUGCGCCGUGUGCCUCGAGGAGUUCCAGCACGGCCAGGAGCUGCGGGUGGUGCCGUGCUCCCACGAGUUCCACCGCGAGUGCGUCGACCCCUGGCUCGUGCAGCACCACACGUGCCCCCUGUGCAUGUUCAACAUCACAGAAGCGUUGCACUCCCCGCCCGCCGGCAUCCCCUGCCUCGAGUCGCGGCCCCUGCGGACGCCGGGCGGCCCGCAGCAGCAGCACCACUCGGGACGCCUCGCCAACCCUGCCGGCCUCGCCAACCCCGGCGGCAUCGGCAACCCCGGCAACGGCGGGGGCGGCGGCGCUCCCGCCUCCUCCUCGUCCGCCGCCGUCGGCGUGCCGCCCCCGUACCCCGGCCGGGCUCGCUGGGUGCCCACGUCGGACCCGCGGGCACCGCCGCUGCCUCUGUCGGCGCAGCAGCAGCAGCAGCGCGGCCGCUACGGUCAGGCGCACCACGCCGCGGCGGCGACCGGGCGGUUCGCGAGGUCGUCUCAGCGCCACCACCACCACCACCACCCGCUCUACUUCGGCGUGGAGAGGGCUGCCACCGCGGCGGCCGCAGCGGCCGCGGUCGGCACAGCCGGGGCGGCGCGGGGAGAGGGCGGGGCGGCGGCGGCGCCCGUCGACGGUGGGGGCGGCGGCGUCGAGAGGGAGCGGCCCGAUGAGCGGUUGGAGGCGGUGGAGCGGGGGCCGGGGUUUGCACCGCCCCGGGCGUACGGAGGCGCGGAGGCGCAGAGAUUUUCUCGCCACGCAUUCCCGCCGGUCUCAGGAGGCGACGUGCACGGCGCCGAGUACUACACGUACUGGGAGGAGACGCACAGACACUGGUACACUUACGGGCAGCGCCGGGGCACGCACACGCUGGUGCAGCACAGCGGCCAGGCGCCCGCCGAAACGCAGGGCGGCGGGGGCGGCGCGCCCCUCCCGGGCCACCAACCGAGCGCUCAGCAGCAGCAGCAGCAGCAAAGCCGCUGGGAACUAUCGCACCUGCAUUACCACCACCACCUGCACCAUCACCACGUGCCUCCGAGGCACCAUGGCGGUGGUAGCGGUGGCGGCGGCCUUUCCCACCCCCAGCACCAGCCGCAGCAGCAGCAGCAGCAUCAGCCGCAGCAGCAUCAGCACUACCGGCACAACAGCAACAGCUCCGGCGAGAGCGGCCGCCGGGGCGACCAUAGCUCGUUCAGCGGCUACGCGGCGGACGGCACCGCGAGCGACGACUCGGCGCUCUUCGACUCGGCCAACGAUGCCAACAGUCGGCGCGGCGUCUACGGGAGCCAGUCAACGGUGCGCAGCUCGCUCAGCAGCGACUUCGACCCCUACGUCUACCGCGGUGGGGGUGGCGGCAGUUGCGGCGGUAGCGGCAGCACGGGGGAGACGGGUGCCGCCUCCGAGCCGGAACUGGCGGCGCCGCCGACGGCGGCGGCGGCGGCGGCCGGUACGCCGAAGGCGGCGACCCCGGCGGCCGAGAGGAGCCGGGCCGCCCACCCGGCCCUGUCGUCUUCGUCGUCCUCGUCGUCGCUGCUGCAGUUGCAGGCGUCGCACUGCCGCGGCUCGGCCGAGAUGCACAUGGACACGGAGAGCUGCUCCGUCAGCUUCACCAACACGGGCGGCAGCGCGAGCGCCUGCGGGCACCGGCGUCCCAGGACAGACGCCGCCCCACCUGCACCGUGCCCGCCGCGCGGCCCCGCCGGCGGUGAGCCGCGUCGGUGCUCGCCGGCGGCCCCGGCGGCCCCGGCGGCCGAGGCUCGGGGCUGCCACAAUUGUGCGGUGGAUUUGUCACGGGCGUCGCUCGGCAUGCGGGACUGCAAAGGGGCGUGCGACGACGGCGCUCGGUGCACUUGCCCCAGCGGACUCGGCGCUCGCGGCAGCGCCACAGAACUCUCGCGAUCCGAGGCCGCAAAAGUAGAAUGCAAAUGUCGCUCAUCUCCUCCGUGUCCUCCUCCUCCGCGUCCUCCUCCGUCCGCGCCGCAGCACGUGACGCUGCCCAGCUGCUUCCGCCACGGCGCCAGGGUCCAGAUCGGCGAUCACCUCCCUGCCGGUGGCACGCGGCUCUUGGAGGUUUGCCUCGGCUGCCGCGAUGGCAAGGGACUCCCCGGCGGCGCCACCACCGUGGGCCGGCGUUGCCACGGCGCCCAGGCAUGCCCGGGCUCGGCCAGAGCCACGGGGGCAGCGGCCGGCAGUCGCGCCCGGCAUCAGGAGCGAGACUCCGGCGGCGGCGGCGGCGGCGGCGGCGGGCGGCCGACCGCGUCGCCGUCGCUGAGCAGGUCGGCGCUCAGGAGGCAUUCUGGGAAGGGGCGUGAAGCCGGAGAGAGACUCUUGAGCAGGUCGGACUCGAGCCGGACGAGGCACGCAAAGGAGGGCCCUGCGGGGGAGAGGACGCUGCCCGAGGAGCGGUGGGAGAGCGCCGCACCGCUCCUGGCGAGCAACUCGGAGAGGCUGACAGCAGGCCUCGGUCACGCGACAUCAUCGAUGGAGCGAGACUCAGACGAAAUUCACUCCCCGCUCGCCACCUUGGUGUGACCGCCGUACACACGCACGCGGGGUUGGGUGGCAUCCGCGUCGUCAUUCAGAUUCCUCAAGACUCGGCCCUUCCCGCCCCAUCUCAUCCCCUCGCAAGCGUCCUUCUCAAAGUGUCGUUUUUUUCUCACCAGCAGUAAGCUACAAACCAGUGUAAGUGCAACAAUUAUUGUGAUUAUUAUUAUUAUUGUUGGUAACUCCAGUGGACCCAUAGCAACUGGAAAGUGACCACGGACCAUUGCUGGCGCUGGAGGAACUCCUCGACAGCUCUCCUCUCAAGCCGCCGGGGGCGUGAUCACGGAGACACCGUCGCCUGCAGGAGAGAGAGAGAGCGGAGGACGUGGCUGUACGGAGCGCCGCACGAAAUGCACGCUUCAAGAUUCGUGUCCACUACCUUGCCCUGCGACCAUUUGAUUCCUGCUCACAGUUUACCUCUCAACUCAGUCUCACGUCUCAUUUCGUUCUUUUGGUCGAGUUGUUUUUAUUUUCUGCACGAGUGCGUGCCUCCCGAAAGCACACAGCUGCCAUCCACGGCGCGAGCCGCGGGCAAACUGCGUCAUCUUCCGUUGGUUUUGAACUUUUGAGGCAACCGCUCUCAGCAAGGGAAUUGAAGCAAAAAAAUGCAACGCGGAGGACGCAACUGAGAGGUCUGAAACAACAUAGGUCCUUUUUAUUUAAUUGCAGCAAAAGUCAUUCUAGUUUAACAAUAAUAUCACCGUUACAUUAUUUUGUUUUUUAUUUUGCCUGGCAACUUUGAAACCGUGCGCACGGCGGGGGGGGGGGGGGG